AUGCGUAAAUUACGAAAGAUAUUGGGUGGCAAGGGCAGCUCUUCGAAACAGGGCAGCUCUUCGAAACAGGGCAGCUCUUCGAAACAGGGCAGCUCUUCGAAACAGGGCAGCUCUUCGAAACAGGGCAGCUCUUCGAAACAGGGCACCGUCGCGAGCACCUCCAUCAGCACAGCUUCCGGCACCAAAACUUCCGGCACCAAAGCUGAUGCCUCCUCCACUUCGAAUGGCAAAGCCGAUGCCUCAUCGACCGUAGAGUCCGAAGUAGCGAAAGCUCCCGUUAACCCCUCCGAGAGUAUCUGGAACAGCGCUUAUGAUGCACUCAAAGCCGAUGAACCGAAGCUGGUGCAGGCGUAUGAGAAGAUCUUAUCUUUAAAGAUCUCGUCUUUAAAUCUGAAUCAGAGUGCUGUCUCUAUGGAACCUGCUGUCUCUCAAGAGCCUACUAUCUCUCAAGAGCCUACUAUCUCUCAAGAGCCUACUAUCUCUCAAGAGCCUUCUAGCGUGAAGAAUACUAUUGAGAACAAUGUGCUAGUGAGAAGAGCGCAGAUGCACCAGUUAAUCGAUAAUGGCCUGAACAAAACAUUUCGAGAGGCCAGUAUCAAGAAUAGCAUAAGCCCAGUUAUGCAGGUAGUCAACACUACUAAAAAGUUAGUGAGCGACGCAAUUAAGGACAUGCCACAAGCUGCUCUUCCUUGGGUUAUAGUAUAUAUUUCACUCUCGGAAAAGAUCUUAGCCAAUCCUAUAUCGCAAACGGAAGCUAAUCAAACGGGUAUUGAGUACAUUGGAAUUACGAUAAAGUGGUACUGGGAACAAGCAUCAUUGCUUUUUAAUAACAGCUCAAGCGACCAUUCCUUUAUAGGAGUACAAAACGAGUUGCAAAAGGCAUUCAUCAGCUUUUACAAAAAGCUUCUGCAAUUUCAGAUGAAAAGCAUUUGUAACUAUUACCGGAACCGUGGGUUCGUUUUCUUACGAGACCUUGUCGAGCUGGACAAUUGGGAUAGCGGUCUGAAGUCUAUUCAAAUCGACGACACUUCUCUUCGUAACAAAAUCGGCGCAUUCUUGAACCUUGAAUCGGAAUCGCAUCUCAGAGCUAUAGCUCAUCACACAAAGGCACAAGAAACCUAUCAAAGGACUCAAGAAGAUCAACAGUGCCUUAGAGAUUUACGAAUCACAGAUCCUCGUGCUGACAGGACCCGCAUUGAAAACACCAAAGGAGGCUUAUUGCAGGAAUCAUACCGCUGGAUUCUUGAAAACCCGCAGUUCCAGACUUGGCGCAGCAGUGAUGAUAACCGUCUGCUUUGGCUAAGAGGUGAUCCUGGGAAAGGGAAAACUAUGCUCCUAUGCGGCCUCGCCCAAGAGUUGAUGCAACAGGCAAACCCGAGUCUAGUCACAUUCUUUUUCUGUCAGGCUACAAUACCGAGCGUCAACAAUCACAUAGCAGUUCUACGUGGUCUUAUAUGGCUUUUAGCAGAUCAGCAACCUUCUUUAAUAUCAUACAUCAGGAAGUCAUACGAUACCGCUGGGAAAAGCCUCUUUGAUGAGGGAAAUUCUUGGUACACAUUGUCUGAAAUUUUCAGCAAUAUGCUGAGGGACGAGGAAUUGCCACCAGUGUACAUCAUUAUCGAUGCCCUCGAUGAGUGUAUCACAGGUCGGACGGAACUCUUACAUCUUAUUCGGGACGUGGCAACCUCAUCAAAAGCCAAGUGGGCCGUAUCAAGCCGCAACUGGCCUGAAAUUGAGGAAAGGCUAAGUGAAGGAAUGAAUCUCAGCCUCGAGGUAAAUGCUACUCUCGUCUCAAGCGCUGUGGAUGCAUACAUCUCCUAUAAGGCGUCACAAAUAUCCCUUCUAAAGCAUGACGAUAAUCUGAAAGAGGAAGUCUGUCGUCAAAUGCGAGAUAAAGCCAACGGCACAUUUCUCUGGGUUGCAAUUGUCUUCGAAAGGUUGAAUUCCCAAAGCAGUGCUUAUUACGACGAUACAUCAGAUGCAAUGGCAAUCCUUAAUGAGAUGCCUGAAGACCUAACUAAGCUCUACACCGUCAUGCUAGCGAGAAUCUCUCAAUUGAAAGGGAAAGGGCCAGAGUUAUGCCGAACUAUACUGGCUAUCGCAACAUCGGCAUACCGGCCUCUACAUCUCAAUGAGCUCUCAACCCUCGCAGGAUUCCAGAGCAAUCUGAAGAGACUACCUCAGUUAAACAUGUUGAUAAAGGAUUGUGGUUCAUUUUUAACAGUCCGAGAAAACCACAUUUACUUUGUCCACCAGUCUGCAAAAGAAUAUCUAGCCAGCGACCUCUCCUCGCAAUCCGUCAAUUUCCGGGACGGAAUGGGGAAGAUCAAGUAUAACAUGGUUUUAAACUCAUUGGACUCUAUGGUUCAUUCGCUGCGGGAGAAUAUUUAUGGACUAGAGCAUCCUGGAAUUCUUCUUGAAGAUGUGAGCCCGCCAGAUCCCAAUCCUCUGGAACACUGUCUCUAUUCUUGCACUAGUUGGAUGGGUCAUUUGUGCGAAAUAUACGAUGUAACAAACAGCCAAAGUCUUCUGAUCGUUGAGGAAGAAGUCUUGCUGUUUUUGAAGGGGCACACUCUCCACUGGCUAGAGGUGCUGGCUUUGACACGAAAUUUAUCUACCAACAUAACUUAUGUCCAGAGGCUCAACGAAUUGUUGAAGAAACGCUCCGCAGCAGAGGAGCUUCAAAAAUCAAUAUACGAUGCGAGUCGAUUUAUGCAAUAUAACACCCAGAUUAUGGAGGCUGCCCCGAUGCAGAUAUACUCCUCCCCACUUCUGUUCAGUCCUGCUCAAAUGAAGGAGAGUCACUGGAGCCCGCGCCUACAGAUAAUCGCCAACAUAGAACCGGAAGUAAUGUGCUCUAGCGGUACGAAUCUCUUGGUUCUAUGUUCCUCUUCUAAGAAUGUCCAAAUUUGGGAUAUGGCUACAGGGAGGCAAGCUCACGUACUCAACCACGCGGAAGAUGUACAACACGCAGUAUUUUCGAGCGAUUUGAACCGCGUGUUGACAAUUGCAGGUGAUCGAUAUUAUUGUUGGGAUGCGAAUUCUGGAGUCUUGAUACAGAAUGCCAGAAUUCGUGGUUUUAACGAAGAAUGGGCUUAUUCAGUUUCCAACAACGGGAAGUUUAUGGCAUCGUUUGUGGGCCAUUCCAGGAACCUAUUGAGGUGGUCCAACGAUUCCAGUGUUUUGGCCGUUACAACAGGAUACACUACGUGCAUCUGGGAAGUGCCUUCAGGCGAUUCUAAGUUGAUAGCUUUUCCUGUUGGGGAAGGGUUUGAAGUUUGGGAUUUGCAUACUGAAGAAAAGAUACUGAAUGUCAGGACAGAAAGUUCAUGGGAAGUUGAAAUUGUCGAGUUUUCCAAAGACUCCAGGCUCAUUGCUGAGACUCGUUACGGCAAGGAUAGCAACGGUUUCUCCCACCAUAACAUUCUCACUUGGGAGAUAGCCACUGGCAUAAAACAACAUGAACUUCGUAUUGGUCACAAGGACAUAACGGGAAUUACGUGGUCCGAUGACGGACAAACUUUGGCCGUGGCAUUCUCCGACGACAUUGAAUUAUAUGAUUUAACUAAACAUACUUAUUGGGACUUCAAUGACAAUGAUCAGCCUUCAUCAAGCCAGACUGGGCGUGCGAGAGUCUUGAUCGCAUUUUCACCAGACUUCAAACUCCUGGCUACUCCUGAUAGAUACGUCGCAAUCUGGGACACGAGAACCGGUAAUACCGUUCAGGCGUUCGACAAGGUUAACACUCACCACAUUUCCAAGUUGCAAUUUUCACAAGAUGCCAAGUCUAUUUACACGUACUCUAAAAUUGACGGCUUGCAGAAGUGGGACAUUGCAUCUGACAGCUUGAUACACACUUUUCCCACCUCCCUAGCCAAAGGUCGGGUGAAUGGAAUAGCGUUUUCUUUUGGGGAAAACUUUUUCGCGUCAGAAUCGGAAGCGGGAGACGAGAUGUUGUUAUGGAAUCUGAACAAGGCCGAAGAGAUUUCUCAUUCUAUGACUUAUGAGAAGGGGCUCGAAAACAUGCAUCUUCUGGCUCUUUCUAAGAACGCAAAUUUUACUAUAUGGGAUGUGGAGACUAAUGAGAAAUUCUUGAUGUCGGAUGGACAUGAGUCAAUUGUCAUAUCCAAUGACGGAAACACAGUGCUUUUUACGGAGCGUGCCCGUCACGGGAUGUGGAUUUUGACAAAGGGAGGAGAAAAAACUAGGAUCAAAAUCUGUUGCCGAUAUUUCGAUCCGUGUUUCGACAUGGAGUCCUCGGAUACACAUGUUCUCUUGCAACUUGGCCGAAUAGCUCUGGACAAUCUCAUCGCCCAGGCGAAGAAUUUGACUGGCACUCGGAGUGCAUAUGACUACGACUCCAUCGUCGAAGGCUAUGGCGUUAGUCUUGACAAAUCAUGGAUAACUUGGAAUGGGAAAAGGGUGCUGUGGCUGCCACCAGAUUAUCGAGUAACGAAAUGGAUGGCUAGAUCUCGCCACUGCAUUGUCAUGGCGAACUCUACUAGAGAUUACCCCUGCAUCCUUCGUUUUUUUGGCCCACCUCCUUUCGUAAAGCCAUCUUAG